UCUAUCUUUUUGCUCUGGCAAAGCAGCAAACAAUUUGAAAUUAUGUCUGGCAGAGGAAAAGGAGGCAAGGGACUCGGUAAAGGAGGCGCCAAGCGUCAUCGCAAGGUUCUCCGUGAUAACAUCCAGGGAAUCACAAAGCCCGCUAUCCGCCGCCUGGCUCGCCGUGGUGGUGUGAAGCGUAUCUCCGGCCUCAUCUACGAGGAGACUCGUGGUGUGCUGAAGGUUUUCCUGGAGAACGUGAUCCGUGAUGCCGUCACCUACACCGAGCACGCCAAGAGAAAGACCGUGACCGCCAUGGAUGUGGUCUAUGCUCUGAAGCGCCAGGGCCGCACUCUGUACGGCUUCGGCGGUUAAAGAUUUGAUCACACAUUCAAACUGAACCCAAAGGCUCUUUUAAGAGCCAC